CAUCAGUAUGUUAUACAUCCUUCAAACUACCGCAGAAGAAGAAGAGCACACGUCACGGAGGAUCUGCGGGAAACAUGAACACGGUGCAUCAUGGGCUCAUCUCUGCUUUCUGUUGCUGAGCAGCUCUUGAGAGACCUACAGAGAACGUACUCGGAGACAAAGCAGAUACCAGAUGACCUACUAAUAGCAUUGCGGUUUGUGUUCGGCCCAUGUGCUCUUCAGGCAUUGGACCUGGUGGACCAGCGCUCUGUCACAUGUGUGUCCUCACCUAGCGGUCGAAAUGCAUUUCAGGUAUUAGGAGGAUCAGGGCGUCUGUACACGUGCUUCACUUCCUGCCACUACUGUCCGUGCCCCGCAUUCUCUUUCACUGUGCUCAGGAGGAACGACAGUCUGAUGUGUAAGCACCUCCUGGCCGCCUGCCUGAGUCAGGCCAUGGGCUUGUGCCAGCAGGAACAGGUCUCAGAUCAGCAGAUGACCCACAUUCUCUCAGGGCAAACUGAGGCCAGCACAUAAAUAACUGAUCCUGGAGGAGAGAGAGACUCUGAUUAGAACACCCAUGCAGGAAUUGAGAUAUUUAUAGUCAUUCUAAUGGACUCAUCUUUAGGAAAAUGUUGUGUAUUUAAAUUAAAACCCAGUAUUUUUUAUUUUUUUUUGUAUAGAGAGAUGAUCUGUCCUAGAAUAUUCAAAAUUGCUGUGAAAGUAAGUAAAUAAGCAAAUCUAUGUCCCUAAAUACCAGAUGUUUGUGUAUGCAAAAUCUUUCAUCAGUUGGCACCAGAGAAUGUACAUCUGUUCAUUGAGCAGCACGAUGGGGUUUAUUUUGGGAGUUUCCGUUUGUUUGAAGGUUCCGCACCCUUGACUGACUCGGCAACAAACAAUGAGACCACAAGGCUUAAAUACUCCACUUUUCGACUUGUUUUCCUCAGCCAAAUUUAGUUUUGCGUUCAUAAAAUUUAGAACUAUUACGUGUUUUCUUUUUUUCAGUAUAUGUUUUGUAUUUACUGUAUAGCAUUUAAUAUGCAGGAUGCAUUUGGCCUUUAUUCUGUUGUAGUCCUUUUGUAAUUCUAAUUCUAUUGUAAUGUAAACAUACUGUAGUCAAAGCAUGACUCUUUAUAAGGAUAUUUGGUUAAGAUAUCUUUUCGAACAGUGCUAGUUGAAACACUGCAAGUUAAACCAGAGCGAACACCAAAAGCAGAACGUACUGAAAUAAAAGCAUGUGUAUGUAA